AUGAGGGGGUCAAAAGUUACUGAGAUGAUGUUUAAUAAGUUUUUGAACUGGGAUUACUAUUCUAGUUCGAUUACUGAGGGAAGAAUUUUAAUAAUAUGGAGGAGGGUCUUUGUUAAGGUCACUGUGGUUGAAGAGACAAGUCAGUUUGGUCACUGUCAAGUUAGAAUGGUUGGUAUGAAUUUUCCUUUUAGUGUUACUUUUGUUUAUGGGCGUAACACGCUAGAGGAAAGGAAGAUCUUAUGGAAAAACUUACCUAAGAGUUCAGCUGAUGCUUGGGUAAUGUUGCUAGACUUUAAUGCAGUGUUUAAAACCAAAGAUAGGGAUGGAGGAAAGCCUGUUUCAAAAGCUGAGUUAUUCGACUCUUCUCAAUGGUUAGCUAGUUCCCAUCUUGAUGUGCUAAAACAAACAGGUUCUUUUUUUACUUGGACGAAUAAUCAAGAUGGCCAUGCCCGAAUUUAUUCUACGAUUGAUCAUGUGUUUGCUAAUGAGAAAUGGCUGGAUAUAUUUCCUAAUACAACAGCAGUGUUCAAAUGGGAAACAAUCUCGGAUCACUGCUCUUGCACUCUAUCUAUUCAGACCAUGGAGCUCUUGGGUGUCAAAUUGUUUAGGUUUUAUAAUUUUUGGGUUGACCAUAAAAAUUUCAAAGAUUUGGCUAUUGAUAGCUGGAGUAAGCCUUCUCAGGGGUUUGGUUUAAAGGCCAUUUACCUUAAGACCUUGCGGCUGAAACACCAGUUGAAAAAGUUUAAUAGGGAUCAUAUAGGACAUAUUGGAAUUCAAUUUCAGAAGGCAGGAACAGAUGUAUCACAGCUUUCUGACUCAGAGAAGAGUAUUAUGGGUAGGCCUAGUUCAGCCACAAAGAAGAUAAAUGUCCACUGUGUAGAGUUGGGUUCCAAACUCAAUGUAGACCAGCAGCUAUCCUUGUUGAAGCCGUUUUCUCAUCAAGAAAUUAGAGCAGCUUUAUUCAGUAUUCCUAGUAUAAAAUCCCCGGGCCCCGAUGGAUUUGGCUCAAGUUUUUUCAAAGUCAUGUGGCAGGAUAUUGGAGAUGAAAUAUGUAGAGCUAUAAGUCAGUUUUUUGAAACAGGCAGAAUCCCUAAGGAGCUUUUUGAUACUACAUUAUCACUGGUUCCCAAAUGUGAGAACCCUUCUAGGACUGUGGAUUAUAGGCCGAUCACAUGUUGCUCUACCCUUUAUAAAUGUGUCUCUAAGCUGAUCUAUUAUCGGUUAGCUAAGGUGCUUCCCAUCUUGGUUCAAUCUAAUCAAGGAGCGUUUGUUAAAGGCAGAUCAAUAGCUCACAACAUAAUGAUUUUUCAAGAUCUUAUUAAGAACUAUGGGAGAUCAGCUACUUCUCCAAGGUGUGCUAUUAAAAUUAAUAUUAGCAAAGCCUAUGACACAGUUGAUUGGUGGUUUAUUGAAGAUCUUUUAACAGCGUUGUGUUUCCCUGAGAGAUUUAUCAAAUGGAUAAUGACCUGCCUGAAAAACACCUCUUACUUACUGCUCAUGAAUGGUAGGGUUGAAGGAAAAUUUAAGGGUGAAAAGGAUUAG